AUGUCUGAUAAAGGCAAGACGCCUAAGCGCGAGGAGUCCUCCGGCUCAAGCGAUAAUGGCAAGAAGAUUCCCCCUCAACUCGCGACUUUACUGUUGGAGCAAAACCCCGCCCUAAAGCAAGAACUCGCCAGCAUGGACAAGGAUAAGGCUGCAGCCCUGCUGGCCAACAUGGAUGUCUCGCAAAUGCUCACUGGAUUGUCAUUGGGAGGAAAGAACCAGAAGGAUAUGGCUUCCUACAAGUUCUGGCAAACACAGCCCGUCCCCGCCUUCAACGACGGCGCGAAUAAGCAAAUCACCCAGGGACCUAUCAAGAUCAUCGACCCCGAGAAGGUUUCCAAGACGCCUGACACACUCAUCGAGGGAUUCGAAUGGUGCACCCUGGACCUGACAAACGAGGAGGAAUUGCGGGAGCUGUACGAGCUGCUGAACAAUCACUACGUGGAGGAUGACAAUGCCAUGUUCCGUUUCAGCUACUCGGAAUCUUUCCUGCACUGGGCCCUUAUGUCCCCCGGAUGGAGAAAGGAAUGGCACGUCGGUGUGCGCGCCACCAAGUCGCGCAAGCUAGUCGCUUCGAUCGCAGGUGUUCCCACCGAGCUCCGAGUCCGCGGCGAGCGCAUCAAGGUCACCGAAAUCAACUUCCUCUGCAUUCACAAGAAACUGCGCUCAAAGCGCCUCACUCCCGUCCUGAUCAAGGAAAUCACUCGUCGCUGCUACCUUAAGGGAAUCUACCAGGCCAUCUACACCGGUGGUGUCAUCCUCCCCACCCCCCUUGGCUUCUCUCCCCUCCCCCACGGUUCCACCAAGGCCCGCAUGAUCACCAAAAACCACCUCCCUGCCGAGACCUUGACCCCCGGUCUGCGUCCCAUGGAAGUCAAGGAUAUCGAUGCCGUCUAUGAUCUCCUGGAACGCUACCAGCGCCGCUAUGAUCUGAACCAGGCCUUCACCCGCGAAGAGAUCGAGCACUGGCUGGUCUACAAGGAGCAGCCUGGCAAGGAACAGGUCGUGUGGUCUUACGUCGUUGAGGACGCGCAGACCCACAAAAUCACCGACUUCGUCUCCUUCUACAACCUCUCGUCCACAGUGAUCGACCACCCCAAGCACGAAGCCGUGCACGCCGCCUAUCUAUACUACUACGCCACCGAGACCGCCUUCACCGAUGACAAGAAGGCUCUCAAGGACCGUCUGCAGCUUCUGAUCAACGAUGCCUUGAUCUGUGCCAAGAAGGCCCGCUUCGAUGUCUUCAACGCGCUUACCUCGCACGACAACCCCCUCUUCCUCGAGCAGCUCAAGUUCGGCGCUGGUGAUGGACAGCUGCACUUCUACCUGUACAACUACCGAGCCGGACCGAUUGCGGGUGGUAUUAGCGAGAAGAACCUGCCGGAUGAGUCGAAGAUGGGAGGUGUCGGUAUUGUCAUGCUUUAA